AUGACUCUCAUAUCUCCAAUGAAAUUGACAAGCAGCGCAUCUGACCAGAAUGUGUUCUUCACGUAUGUAUGCCUGGUCAAUGAAGUAAGACCAUCAGCGAGUGGAAAUGAUAAUGACGUGAACUCAAUGGACCGACAAGGCAGAUCGUUACAUGUCAUAAACUCCGAUGAAGUUGUUCGAGAACAGCCAAUACGAGUAGAAAGGACGAAAGCUCUUCAUGAACUCGUCGGAAAUAGUCGUGCUUUAGAACAUGAACAAAAACCUAGCACGUAUUAUGAAAAAGAAAGCGAUGUAUCUGAUAGUGAAGAAUACAAUCAACUCGCGAAUCCAAAGAAGCUUAAGCUGACAAAAAUGAAGUGGUUGUCUGAAGGAAGAGAAGGGUCGCUAGAUUCGAGCUCACCAUCAAUAUCUACAACAAGUUCAGCAAACUCAAUAUGCAGUCGAGAAUCUUACGAGGUGAUCGAUCCUCGACUCAGUUUCGGCGAAAAGUGUCUAUCGACGAUACUUAAAUUAGAUCGAGAACACAAUAUGUUUGGAAUGUCGAACAUCGCAAUAGUUGGAAAAAAGACAUCAAAAAAGAUACGCAAAGAAGACGCUAAACCUGUGUUUCCACAAACAGCUAUAAUUCAGAUAUGCUGCGCUAAUGGGUGUUGUAAACACAAGAGUAAUACCGACCUGCCAACUUCUUUGAAGUGUAAUCAAUGUCCAAGAGGAAAAUGUAGUUGUAAGAUGUCAUGUAGACCUUCCAAAUGCAAAAUAGAUUGUUCUAACUAUUAUGGUAUGAGGGUAUCGUUUAAAAGAAAACCUAAAUUCGAACCAUCGCCUCUCGAGGUGACUCCACGGUCUAGUUGCAUUCUACAAAAGCCUAUGGCUGCUCGGUCCUGUCAUCAUCUACCUCACUGUCUACCACCCUCAUCCUGUUUUCCAUAUUUGAUGCCGUGUUACUGGCCAGCACGAGCUGGGGCCCCUUGUAGCCACCCAUCACGGUGUUUCCAUAACCCACCCUGUAGACCGCCAAGAAAAAGAAAGUAUCCAAUACCCCCUGAUGAAAAAUGUGCUACUUCUGGUAAAUGUGAAGAUGAAUCGAAGAAUACUAAAUGUCCUAAUCAGACGUGUCCUGGGAAAAACCCAUCUAUGAAAGCUGCAAUCGAAAGUAGAUUUGGAGGGAAAAAGUAAAAAUAAUGGUGAAGCCGAUGUCUUAUCAUCGUUCUUGUUCUUGCGCAGAGGCAAAUAAAAUUGACUCAUUAGAAACAUUAGAGACAUCUACAAUUGAAAAGAAGAAAAAGAAAGGCAUAACUAAGAAAAAUAAGAAAUUAUCAACUUGCGAAUGUGACUCUCCUAAAUGCUCAAAUUGCUUCGUUAAAAGACCAAAGGUUACUGCCGUAAAGUCGAAUGAAUCAGCGUCCCAGUAGUUCAAUUUCCCACCAUGUGCGUUAACUUUUUAACCGCCGACCUCGAGAUCACUCUUAUCAAAAGAUUUGUGAGGUAACCCCAUAACCACAGACUAUCGACAUUAUACUCAAUUUUAUCUUGUAUCUCAAUAAAUAAUAUUGAUAAAU